AUGGCGGAGGCGGGAAAAGAGCAGGCGGGCCUUGAUCUUCCUGGUGGAGGUGCGGCACAGUGGCCUCUGCAGCGGUAUGGUCGCUUCAUGCCCUCGGGCACUGGGGAGUCGCCUGGGCCUGGCCUGGAACCUGGGACAGCCUCUUCUCCCACGUGGAAGGUUUUUCAGUCCAGUGAAGAAUCUGGGUAUCUUGUUCUCACCAUAGUUAUAUCAGGUCAUUUCUUCAUUUCCCAAGGACAGACACUACUGGAAGGGUUUUCACUCAUUGGUAGCAAGAACUGGUUGAAGAUCGUAAGACGCAUGGAUUGUCUGUUGUUUGGAACAACGAUAAAGAACAAGAGUCGCAUGUUCCGGGUACAGUUUAGUGGAGGGUCAAAGGAGCAGGCGCUGGAACACUGCUGCAGCUGUGUGCAGAACCUGGCCCAGUACAUAACUGUCCAAGUGCCCGAUGGAAUCUGCCAGGAGCUCCGGCUGAGUCCUGGCCCACUGAGGGCAGGUGAAAGCCAAGGGAAGGGCUGUGCGCAGAGCAUCCCACCGCAGCACGGAUCACACCAGAACCUGAAGCAGCAGCAGGGUGUACCAGGCAGCACAAGCGCUCCAGAAAGAAGGACCUCCGUGACGUGGUUAGCUCAGUCUCUCCUGGCGUCGGAGGAGCUGCCCCUUGUCUAUGAACAGUCUGCAUGGAAUGCCGAAGAGUUAGGCCCCUUUCUACGCUUGUGCCUCAUGGAUCAGAAUUUCCCAGCAUUUGUGGAAGAGGUGGAAAAAGAACUAAAAAAGCUGACAGGGUUCAGAAAUUAACACUCUCUGUACAUAUAGAAUUAAGGAAUGUGAAAGCACUGAAAAAAUGCUUCCUCCUAAGAUUAGAAAAGAUACUAGAAUAAAGAGUAUUAUUUC